AUGGCGACAGAGCGGAGCAGCGGGCAGCACGGGUGCGUCCUCGCCGUCGUGAUCUUCCUCUGGACCGCGAUGGGAGGACGCACGGAGACGGCGGCGGCCGGAGGAGGGGGAGGAGGAGGAGGAGGAGGAGGAGGAGGAGGAGGAGGAGGAGGAGGAGGAAGCGGCAGCCAGGUGCUCGGCAUGCGGCUGGAGAGGAGCGACAAGCCGUCCGGCACCAACGACGACGGCGUCAUCCAGGUGACCGAGGAGAGCACCGUGCAGCUCCGGUUCUACGGGCUGCAGAUGCACUCCGGUACCUGGACGCAGAUCCGCUUCACGGAGCUCUCAGAGGAAGAGGAGGAGGAUGAAGACGAGGAGGACUGUGCAGACUUCACCAAGGACAUCACCGUGGGGAGCUUCAUGAACGUGAGCGGUCGCGGUUCCUCAGGUGUGCUCACCUUGCGCGUGAAGCCGCUGCGGAAGAGCGAGCCGCAGAAGGAGUACGCGCUGUGCGUCCGCCGCGCCGGGACCUGGGCUCUGCUGGGCGGCAGCGACGGCCGGCUGCUGGUUCUGGAGGAGAAGAAGUCCCUGCUGCCCAUGUGGCUGCAGCUCAUCCUCAUCUGCUGCCUGCUGGUUCUGUCCGGCAUGUUCAGCGGGCUCAACCUGGGCUUGAUGGCGUUGGACCCCAUGGAGCUGCGCAUCGUGCAGAGCUGCGGCACCGACAAGGAGCGCAACGACGCACGGAAGAUAGAACCCAUCCGCAGCAAGGGGAACUACCUGCUGUGCUCCUUGCUUCUGGGGAACGUCCUGGUCAACACCACCCUCACCAUCCUCCUGGAUGACCUGAUCGGGUCCGGGUUGGGUGCAGUAGUGGCCUCCACAGUGGGCAUUGUCAUCUUUGGAGAGAUUGUGCCACAGGCGCUGUGCUCGCGUCACGGCCUGGCAGUGGGUGCCAACACCAUCAUGGUGACCAAGUUCUUCAUGUUCCUCACCUUCCCAGUGUCCUUCCCAGUCAGCAAGCUGCUGGACGUGCUGCUGGGCCAGGAGAUAGGCACUGUGUAUAACAGGGAGAAGCUGGUGGAGAUGCUGAAGGUCACGGAGCCCUACAAUGACCUGGUGAAGGAGGAGAUGAAUAUGAUCCAAGGAGCGUUGGAGCUGCGCACCAAGACCGUGGAGGAUGUCAUGACCCCGGUGGGGAACUGCUUCAUGAUCCAGAUGGACGCCGUGCUGGACUUCAACACCAUGUCUGAGAUCAUGGAGUCUGGGUACACCAGGAUCCCUGUGUACGACGACGAGAGGUCCAACAUCGUGGACAUCCUGUACGUGAAGGACCUGGCCUUCGUGGACCCGGACGACUGCACCACCCUGAAGACCAUCACCAAGUUCUACAACCACCCGGUGCACUUUGUGUUCCACGACACCAAGCUGGACGCCAUGCUGGAGGAGUUCAAGAAAGGUAAAUCCCACCUGGCCAUCGUCCAGAAGGUGAACAACGAGGGGGAGGGGGAUCCGUUCUACGAGGUUCAGGGAUUGGUCACUUUAGAGGACGUCAUCGAGGAGAUCAUCAAGUCAGAGAUCCUGGAUGAGUCUGACCUUUACACUGACAACAGUAACAGGAAGAAGGUCGACCCCAAUAAGAACAAACCCGACUUCUCGGCCUUCAAGCAGGAGGGCGACAGCAAAGUGAAGAUCUCUCCUCAGCUCAUGCUGGCGGCGCAUCGUUUCCUGGCGACAGAGGUCGGCCUGUUCAGCCCGUUCCAGAUCACAGAGAAGGUUCUUCUUCGGGUCCUCAGACAUCCCGACGUCGUCCAGGAGCUCAAGUUCAACGAGAGCGACAAACGCUCGCCGCAGCACUUCCUGUACCAGAGAGGAAAACCUGUGGACUACUUCAUCCUCAUACUGCAGGGGCGAGUGGAGGUGGAAGCCGGAAACGAAAACAUGAAGUUUGAAAGCGGUCCGUUCUCGUACUACGGAGUCAUGGCUCUGAGCUCACCGUCACUGGCCGUCACCCCUCCUCUGUCCCCAUCAGUGGCGUCUCCCCCUCCACGACGCCUCUCUCUUAAAAGGUUUUCUCUGUUCUCUCGUUUCCCAGAGUUUCGUUCUCCGUCACAUGCGGGAAACCUGAACCGCUCGGCGUCUCUGAGCUGCACCGAACGCGCUCCGGAAAACGUCUCCGUCGGCGGGAGCGUCACUCAGAUCCCGGGAACCCCCUUCCAGUACAUACCGGACUUCUGCGUACGAGCUCUCUCGGACCUGCAGUUUGUCAAGAUCACUCGUGCUCAGUACCAGAACGGCCUCCUGACGUCCAGACUGGACAGCACGCCACAGUCCCCAGAAGGCAGUCACACUCGUCUGGACACGUCCGUCUCUUUGCCCGUGACGCCACCGGGGAUCCGAGCUCCGCUGCCGUUGGCCACGCCUCCUGCUAAGCGCCCGCGGGCUAACACUCAGCCGCCGCUGCCACUGCCGCCGCCGAGCAGCCGCAGCGGCGCUCUGUCUCAAUCCACCUCCUCUUCUAGCCGCAGACCGAGCCAGCCUCUGCUCCAAGCCAUGCCCACUCCAACUAACCACACCCCUUUAACCCAACACCCUCCGUCCUCCAUGAGCCUGACGGUGUGCACCUUUAACCCCCAACCAGCUCCGCCGUCCUCCGUCUCCCCUAAGCCCCAGCUGUCUCCACCCUCUCCCGGCUCGGAGAACGGGCCUGGAGAAACCACCACUCUGCUCAGUGAGCAGCAGAACUGUGCGGGCCCAACCAGGCCCAGCCACACCAUCUGUCACACACACACUGAAAGCACCAUCUAACGUAAAAUAGUCCCUGAGGGGGAACUAAACUACCCGUACACUCACUCACUCACUCACUCACUCACUCACUCACUCACUCACUCACUCACUCACUCACUCACUCACUCACUCUCUCACUUACUCACUCACUCGCACUACUUCCUGUUUGCUCGUUGUCUCCAGAACUUGCUGAGGACCAGAACCUCAUGUGUACUUUGUAAACAGAGAUCCUCUUUAAUCUGCAUGUUCCCCCCCCUCCCAAAACUGAAAAGAAUAGACUACAAAGAUGACAGAGGGAACGCUAGUGAGCACGAGUGGAAACGUAGACGGGGUUUAUGUUUGUAAAGGAUCCGUUCACCAAAAUGACCAAAAAACAAUUUGUCCAGGUUUUUAGAGAUUUCUGCCUUCACCUUAGUGAAAAAUUAACUCAACAGAAACUAUUUUCUGUGCAUCAUUUACAGACCUACAGUCUCCAUAGGAGCCACUUUAAACAGAGAAACUCUGUGGAUUAUUAAGAAUAACUUGGACAUCGUGACUUAA